AUGACCGACCAUGUAACUUCUAGCCCUAUAUCAUCAUCCCCUACCCAGCCCACUUCCUCUUCUCCUGAGUCCUUCUUUUCAGCUUGGCAGGCCAGACUGACUAGCUGGUGGAAUUUCAAUUCUUCUUGUUCCGCGGUCUACUCGGAAAUCCCCCAGAAUCUCAACCAUCAAUCCCCUGCAUUGGAUUCCGAGCUAGAGGAGCCGGCAAUGGAAGCUCUACGCCUGACAAAAGCUCGAUGGCGCACAUACUGGCUGGCCACUGUGCUCUGUUGCGGUGGUGCAUUGUUUGGAUAUGACUCUGGUGUCAUUGGCGGCGUUCUUACCUUUGAGUCCUUUCAAGAAUCAUUUCAAUUCACUGCGGAGCAGAAGACUCGUAUCAGUGCCGUUGCAGUUGGUAUCCAGCAGGCUGGGGCAUUGGCUGGUUGUUUCAUUGUAUGGCCUGUGACCAAUCGGUGGGGCAGGCGGAUCGCUAUGAUGCUCUGCUCUAUCGUCUUCUGCAUUGGCGUUGUACUUGAAGUUAUCGACACGCAUUCCCUUUCGGUAUUCUAUAUUGGACGUGUGAUAUGUGGGUUGGGAGUUGGUGCAUCUGCUACCGUUAUCCCGAUAUACAUGUCAGAAAUGAGUCCUAAAGAGAUCCGUGGCCAGCUGGGUAGUUGCUAUCAACUGACCUACACGAUUGGCAUUCUAAUAUCAUAUUGGAUUGAUUAUGGGGUGGAAAAAAUGCCCGCUAGCGCCAUGCAGUGGCAACUACCAAUUGGCCUGCAGCUGGUCCCAGGUGCCUUGAUGGGUCUGGGCAUGUUUACUCUUGAUGAAAGUGUACGCUGGCUCCUGGCCCAUGGUAGGACGACAGAUGCGUGGAACAGUCUUGUGUGGAUCCGUGCUGGCGAUCGACCGGCGGUACAUGAAGAAUUUGAAGAAAUGUGCCGAGGUCUUGAAGAGGAGCGUCAUGUCACGGCGGGCUUCCACCUACGCGAAUUACUUGAAGGCCCCAACCUCCACCGUCUUCUGAUCGGCGGAGGACUCUUCUUGGCGCAGCAGUCGACCGGAUCGACUGCCUUGGCCUACUUCGGCCCGCAGUUCUUCUCUCUUCUCGUUGGCCCCGGGCAGCAGAAUCUAUUACUUACUGGAAUUUUUGGUGCCAUCAAAGUCGUCGCUUGUUUGAUUUUUGUCAUUUUCAUGUCCGACCGGUUCGGACGUCGUCCGAUGCUUGCUGGAGGAGCUGCUUUCAUGGCUGUUUGUAUGUUGGCCACAGCGGCUCUCGUCAAGAACUACCCCCCGACCGAUGGGGCUGUCACGUCUGCAGGCAUUGGUACCGUUGCUCUGAUAUACCUUGAUAUCAUCGCCUAUAACUUCAGCUGGGGCCCCCUUCCUUGGCCGUGCACAAGUGAAAUAUUCCCGACCCGAAUCCGCGAGCCAGGUGUGGCGUUUGGGGUUGGCUCACAGUGGCUUUUCAAUUUUGUCUGGAGCUUUUCGACCCCUUACAUUAUGGCUGGAAUUGGAUGGGCCACGUUUUUACUAUUUGGCCUAUUGGAUAUACUCAUACUUGCAUUCACUUAUUUCUGUCUGAAGGAGACGGCAGGAAAGACGCUGGAGGAAAUCAAUGAGAUGUUCGAUGGCAUUGACCCGGAUGCGGAGCAAGGUUGGAAAGAUGAUACGAUGGGCGAUGGGGAAGCGGCGCCACAGCAAAACGUCCAUCAUCUUUACCCUGAUGGAAGUGAAUCAGUGAAUAGCAUGGACAAGAAUGCCAUCGGUCAUAUGGAAGCGUCAACUGCAGGCCGGGCUUGA